CAUGGAUUUGAACAACAUCUUGUCGCAACUCGAAACCGCCAACGAGGAGGACGUGGAGAAGCUCUUGCAGCAGUAUAACCGAGAGAACAUUCACACCUUCAGUUUUGACCAAAAGGAGGAAACCCUGCGGAGUAAGCUGUGUCAGAGUGUGCUGACAGUACUGGGGAGGCAGGUGCAGCCCAGCUGUCAGAAGACAUGUCUGGAGACUCUCCGCAUCCUGUCCAGAGACAAGCGUGUCCUCGCACCUGUAGCCACCAAGGAGGGCAUGCUGAUCCUGGGAGGGAUGGCGAGGCUGCGUGCCGGAGAGGAGGAGGGAGACAACGAGAAAAGCUCUGAGGAACGCACACAGUUGGAGGAGGAGGAGGAGAGGGUGGUGGUGGAGGCCUUGAAGUGCCUAUGCAACGUGGUGUACAACAGUCCUGCAGCUCAGCAGGUCAGCGUCGACGUGCAGCUGGCUCACGGCCUUUGUGCCAGCCUGCGCAGCGCCCGCACGUGGCACCACGAGGUGGGCCUGUUCACGCUGCGCCUCCUCUUCCUGCUGUCUGCCCUCCGGCAUGACGUGAGAGGGGUGCUGAGGAGAGAGUGGCACGCUGUGAGACUGCUGACGGAGGUGCUGGAGCACACCCUGGACGUGCGCUGGGUCGGCACCUACGAAGCCGCCCGUCCGGAUCCUCAGGCCCUGCCCAUGCCCGCGGAGGACAAUGAGCGAGCGAUGGAAGCACUCAAGGCCUUGUUCAACCUCACGCUGUCUGAAGCUGGCGGUGAGGAGGAUGACCACCAGUUCCGACUCAUCUCCGCCAUCCUGCGCCACCUGUUGAUGCUGAAGACUGAGACGGAGGAGAAAACAGAGGAAGCACACAGCCAUGCUGUCAAUCUGCUCAACAACCUGCCCGUGUCCUGCCUGGAUGUGCUGAUUGAUGUACCCGUCCAGGGAGGACAAGAGAAGUAUGGCGGCAAGAACAUGGAUGCGGUCCAGGUGUUGAUAGACUUCAUGGAGAAAAGAAUCGACAAGCAGGGUUCCAACUACAAAGAGGGUCUGACUCCAGUGCUCAGCCUUUUGACCGAAGGAUCCAGACACCACCGGGAGAUCCGCAGAUACAUCAAAGCUCAGGUACUUCCUCCACUGAAAGAUGUGAAGAUCCGGCCAGAGAUCGGCACCACCACCAGAAACAAGCUGGUUCGCCUCAUGACGCACGUGGACAUGGGCGUGAAGCAGACGGCUGCAGAGUUUCUCUUCGUCUUGUGCAAAGAAAGCGUGGACAACCUGUUGAAGUACACCGGGUACGGAAACGCAGCAGGACUCCUUGUGGCUCGAGGACUUCUCGCCGGAGGAAGAGGAGAGACUCAGUACUCCGAAGACGAAGACUCCGACACGGAUGAAUAUAAAUCUGCCAAACCUUUCAUCAACCCCAUCACCGGCCACGUGGAGGAGCCGAUGCCGAACCCCAUUGAAGAGAUGACGGAGGAGCAGAAGGAAUACGAAGCUCAGAAACUGGUCAAUAUGUUUGACAAGUUGUCGAGGCAGAACGUGAUCCGACCCAUGGGCGUCAGGCCGGACGGGACGUUAGCGCCUCUCGAGGAGACUCUCUGCGAUCCGCACGGGGACAACUCAGGAUCAGACUCAGACUAGUGCACUGCACUUCGUGGCCACAUUUUCCAGACUUAAGCCCAGUGGGGCACCCAACACGUCUCGAGCUGUGUCUCAUUCCCAGGGCUGGAUCCUCUGACGGGUUCACCGAGGUGGGUUUGUGAAGCUGAGCUGAAUCUGUGCCUCCAUCCUAACAAGAGACGGUCUGAGUGUAGAGCCGUUUCCUAAAACACUGUAGGUGCUGGAUCCAAAGUGAUCAUCACAAUAAAACUGAAAUCAAAGCUUAGACAUGACAGCUAGCUGUAGGUCACCGUCCACUUAUAUUUCGUUAACUUUUACUGUCAGACAGUCAAACAAUGUCAGAUCCAAGUCCAGUGAAUGAGCAGAAAGUUGCACUAAAUUGGAUGAAAUAGUAGUAGCUGGAAAACUGAUGAUGCCUGAUGAUGAUAAAUACGCCACGAUGAACUGAUAUUUUACAAUCUAAUGAGCUGACAGGGACUUAAAAGUGCCAUUAGACAGUUGAGCAGUGUGCAGGCGGUUCUGGGAUUGAGCGGGCUGCUAAGAAAAAUAGCAAAACCAUAUUGAAAUUGGACCGUUUGGAUACAUUCAAACGAAACCUCCGAUGAUCCAGUCCUGCAAUGGGACACAGCCGAGCAUUUCACAGGAGACUCCGGACGCCCCCGUCGCGCCCGCAAGAGCUUCUCCAACGUGGAAGUGGACUUAAUGUGUGGCAGGAAGUCGCUGCCGAGGCAUCGCGGUGCAUUGGAGGCCUUCACGGUUACAUCAUUUAUUUCACUCCCUGAGUUGUGACGAUAGAGGUAAUAAUAUAAUUUUUUGCUGGAUCACGUGUUUCUCACCGGAAACACUGUUGGUUUGUUUCAAGUGUAAUUGACUUUGAAUGAUCAUUCCUUCACUUGUGCUUUUUGUUUUUUUCACAGUUUUGUUUUUUCACAUUUCUCUUUGUAUUGCUAGAUGAUAAAGUGCACAUUAUACACACAAAUGUAAACAUAAAAUCAUAGCAAACACUGUCAACGGCGAAGCUUCUUCUUGGUUUGAAGUCACGAGGCCUGUCCAGACUGGAGCACAACAUAGAUUUGUAAUUAGAAGAAGAAAUGAGGCGCUGUCAGUGUGGAUAGAUUAACGCUGCAGCUCUCAGUCUGUCUGUAUUCGGUCGUGUGAUUUACCUGAAUGUUGCACACCAGUUAGUCGCCAAGGAAACUUUCUGAAUUCAGGGCUUGUUGGUUUUCUGACGCCCACUUUGAUGUUUUGGACAAAGAAAAAAAAAAAGCAGCUUCUUUAUAUUCAGACUUUAAAUGCAGAUACAUCUUCCUGUGGUGGAUGAUAGUAAACUCAGCCUCUUGUGAACUCUUGACAAUGAAAUGUGUAAAACUGCAACGAUGGUUUUUCUAAUCCAUAUUAAUUAUUUUUUCCCAAAUCUGCAUGAUGUUAAAUCAAGAAAUGUGAUUUUUUUUUCUUCUUUUUCUAGAAAAUGUUGCUGAUUUUAUAUAAGUCCGCAUGUUUAGUGUAUGUAUAAAAUAAUUUUUUUUCUUUGUGUUGGUACAAUUUUAAUUUAAAGAGCUGUUCAGAAGUCAGCUGUAUGGUCGCACACGACUUCACGACGCCGCUCCCCAACUGAAAUCCUGCUUAUUGAAACAUUUGUUGUAAAGAGAAGAAAAAAAGUGUAAUUUAACUGCUGAUUACAAUCCGAAAAAAAGAAUAUUGCUUUAACCUGA